AUGGAGUGUUUUUCCAUUCUCGUACAAUUCCUCUUGGCAAGAGUUGUUUUCGCUGGGAUUGGUGGAACGCACUGGACAUACUCGGGUAAAGGGGCCCUGGACCAGAAGCACUGGGCAGAGGAGUAUCCCGCUUGCGGCGGACGCAACCAGUCCCCUAUCGAUAUCCAGCGGCGCAGUGUGCGUUACAACCCGCGCAUGUUGCAGCUCGAACUUACGGGCUAUGAUGAAAGGCUUGGCAGUUUCCUCAUGACCAACAAUGGGCAUUCAGUUCAAAUUGAACUACCACCUAGUAUGAUGAUCACUGAGGGGCUGCCAGCACGUUACACAGCUGUUCAGAUGCACCUGCAUUGGGGAGGCUGGGACCUGGAGGCAAGUGGAGCUGAGCACACCUUGGAUGGCAUCCGUUACAUGGCGGAGCUCCACAUUGUCCACUACAAUUCUGAGAAGUACAAGAGCUUUUCUGAGGCUAAAGAUAAGCCUGAUGGACUGGCAGUUUUGGCCUUCUUCUAUGAGGAUGGACAUUUUGAAAAUACCUACUACAGUGAUUUCAUAUCCAACUUGGCAAAGGUCAAGUAUGCGGGCCAGUCCAUGAACAUCUCCACUUUAAACGUCCGUUCCAUGCUUCCUGAAAACCUCUCUCACUUCUACAGAUAUCAUGGCUCUCUCACCACGCCGCCCUGUUACGAGAGCAUUCUCUGGACCGUGUUUGACACUCCAAUCACUCUCUCUCACAAUCAGAUCAGGAAGCUGGAGAGCACUCUGAUGGACCACGACAACAAAACUCUGUGGAAUGACUACCGUAUGGCUCAACCGCUCAACGACCGUGUGGUGGAGUCCUCCUUCCUUCCCCGUUUGGGCAAAGGCACGUUUUGUCGUCAAGAGGAGAUUGAGUCCAAGCUUUUGAAGAUUGAGAGCCUGAUUACCUCUCUUGGCAAGCACAUUCACUCAGAUCCUCGGGAUCUGUCCUCAAUGAUACUUCACUUUCCGGAGAAAAAAUUGGAAAGUUAUGCUUUGGCUGACCUGACUCAUCCUAUGGACCUCCACACCUUCACGGUCUGCAUGGACAUUCGCCUUAGGCCCAGACCAGUUCACACGGUGCUAUCUUACUCCAGCUCUGGCAACGACAACGAACUGGUGAUCGUCCUGAGCGAUCAGGAGGUGGGACUGUGGAUUGGCAAUGAGUUCAUCAACCUCCCCCACAACCUCCGCUCCCGAGACUGGGCCAAUUACUGUGUGACCUGGUCCUCCCACACUGGAGGAGCAGAGCUGUGGAUCAACGGUAUUGUAGGAGAAGAGCAGUAUCUGCAGGCCGGUUACUCCAUAAAGCCAGGUGGGGUACUCAUCCUGGGAAAGGAUCAGGACGGAUUCCUGGGCAUCUCGGAUUCGGAUGCUUUUGUGGGCCACAUGACGGAUGUGAACAUUUGGGAUUAUGUGCUCAGUGCAGCGGAGAUUCGGGAACAGAUGGAGUGUGAGAACGAUGUUAUGAAAGGGAAUGUGUUGAGUUGGGGCGGCACUCAACUCAGCCUGUAUGGAGGAGUUGAGCUGCAGGCAAAGCACAAGUGCCCCUUACUGACUGACAGGCAGCCUUAA